AUGCCUGGCAAUAAAUGCCAGUAUUUUAAUUGCUUUAAAAAUACAAUCAAGUAUCCUGGGCUAAGCAUGUUUCGGUUUCCAAAAGAUAGAAUAAUAUCUGAAACCUGGGCAAUAAAUUCUGGAAAUGUUAGUUUACUAUCACUGGAUGUGGAAAAGCUAUACAGUAGAUACAUUUGCCAAGAACAUUUUAGCCCGGAUGAUUUUAUUUAUAUGUACGAUAAAAAAAAGAAAUUAAAACCAAAGGCAGUUCCAUUCAAAUUUAAUUCUUUAGAUGAAAAUCAACCGUCUACGUCAUCUGCAGAUGAAGAUGAUUUAACAUUAUUGACACCAACCAAAACGUAUAACAAAUACAAAACCAGUACUGAAGUAGAGUUAAUAUUCUCUAGUCCUAAUUCAAUUAUGUCUACGCCGCAAAAAGAAAAAAUUUCCGAUUUAAUUGAUAUGCCUAGUCCGAGUUUUAAAAGAAAACAUUCGUAUGAUAAAGAUCCCGAUACGCCUAGAAAAAUAAAAUUAAAACAAAAAAUUGAAAAAAAAUCGAAAAUAAUUCAUAACAAAAACAGUCAUAUUUCUAAAUUAAAAAACUAUGCUUCUAAAUUUAAGGUUCAAAAUAAUUUAAAAAAUCUUAUAAAUGCAUAUCAAUUUCCAUCAUGUAACUCUAGGGCAUUAGUAACUAUGCAGCUAAAAACCAAACGUCGUACAUGGACAACUGCAGAGAGAAAUUUAGCUUUUAUUUUUUAUAAAUCCCCAUCUGCCUAUAAUUUUAUACGCCUACAAAAAAUUAAUUUACCUGCUCCAUCAACUAUUAGACGCUGGAUCGGAGAAUCAAAAUUUUUACCUGGUUUUAAUAAUUACUUUUUUGAUCAUAUACAAAAAAAAUUUGAGCAUACCAAUUAUAAAGAGAAAGAAUGUAGCAUUUGUUUUGAUGAAAUGUAUAUCAAAGAAUUUUUAGAAUAUUCUAAACAAUAUGAUUUUAUCGAAGGAUUUCAAGAUUUAGGAACUUACGGUAGAAUAAAUAAAACUGCAAAUUGUGUAUUAGUGUUUUUAGCUCGUGGUAUAUAUUAUCAAUGGAAAUUUCCUAUUGCAUACUAUCUUUCUAAUUCUGGCGUAAACAAAGAAAUCUUAAAAAAUUUAAUUGUUGACAUUUUAAAUAAACUAUUUGAUAUUGGCUUAAGCCCAAAACUCAUUGUAUGUGAUCAAGGGACAUCAAAUCAAAGUGCUUUAAAAUUGUUAAAUGUUAAUGAGACAAAUCCGUUUUUUUUUCCCAUGCCAAGGGGAAAAGCGGCAACCACAUAUGCCAACUAUUUGGACCCCGGCAUCAAAGUUCCACUGGACGCCGAUAGGAUUGUUGGGGGCGCCACUAGCGUAUGUAGGCUUAUCACGCAGCGCCGCAACUUUAUUGCUGUUUAA